AUGGCAGUCUCUGAAAUAUUCAGCUUAUUAACAAAAGUAUAUAAACGAAGAAUUGAAGUGCAAAAAGUUAUAAUGUCGAUUGCCUUCGCUAUAAAAAAUAAUGGAUGUAUCCCAACAGAUUUGGAACAUGAACCACACGAAGACAACAAAAUCCGAGUUCCGAGACAAGCCGUAGAUGAAGACGACAAAGGCAAGCUAGAGAUAGAUUGUAAAAUGGGCGAAACGGGACAAUAUUGUGCGUCUCGAUCCGAAUUUCUUAAAUCCGAUCAUGGCCAAUUGAUAAACUUUAGUCUCAAUUGUCGUAAGAACAACAAAGAAACAAGAUGUGUCGAACAAGCAGGUGCAAACGGAUAUGGCCUCAGCAAUGUGGCGCAUCUUAGAAUAAACUGCAACAAAGAGGUAUCAGGGGGUUCUAGAUGUAACGGUUGGAUUAAUUUUAGCAACCCUGCACCUAAUAGGACUUCAGUUGAUCCCGAAAGGACUAGGUUUCUGAUCCAUUGCUCACAAUUCGGUUUUCCAAAUCUCAACUGUGGCGGUAAACAUUUAAUGGCACCAAAGUUAGAUAUAAAGAGGGGGAUGGCAGGUUUUGACAUGAGUUGUGGCGAAAUAGAUCAUAAUGAUACUAUGACCUGCGUUAGAACUCCUAAAUCUCCGCUUGUCAGUUCACAUGAAUUUACCGGGUUUGAAAUAUGCUGCCAAAGCACAUCUCAUGACAAUACACGAUGUGAUGGAAGAUUUCAUGUCGCAAAACAUAACUCUGAUGCUAAAACAGCACUCAAACCGAGCACAUCUGUGCCUUUUUCUAAAAAUAAUAUAUCAUCUCAACUAACUACACCAUUUUAUAGUAUGCGAAAUUUAUCAUCAACUAGCUCCAACACACCACCAUACACGCUUUCGCCAGUGUCAUCUAUUAGCAGCUCCAAUACACCACCAUACACGCUUUCGCCAGUGUCAUCUAUUAGCAGCUCCAAUACACCGCCAUACACGCUUUCGCCAGUGUCAUCUAUUAGCAGCUCCAAUACACCGCCAUACACGCUUUCGCCAGUGUCAUCUAUUAGCAGCUCCAAUACACCGCCGUACACGCUUUCGCCAGCGCCCUCUACUAGCAGCUCUGCUUUUAUAAUAGGAGCGUGCGUAAGUCUAUCCCUUGGCGUUCUAAUUGUCUUUAUUGUUGUGUUUUUGUAUGUAAAGAAGGUUAGAGCGAAAAGACGGCAAAAGAAAGUUUACCAAAUGUUUAGAAAAUUAAAUGAAGGGGUAGCUAUCAACACCUGA